AUGACACGCUCUUGCGAGCCGCCGUCGCACACGCAGGGCCGCCUCUACUUCUUAAUCUCCUAUCUUCCUCCUACUCCAGAACUACUACCCAUGUCUUUGACACUGAGGUCCGAUGCCUGCGUGGUGUCCGCCAAAGUGACCCCCUCUCCCCCCCUUCUCCUUUCUUGUGCUCUAUCUGAAGCUAUUUCCUAUUCUCAUCGGCAGCUUGGCUUCGAGCUGGAUGGAGUAACAGUGGACUGCAUUGCAUAUGCAGAUGAUCUCGUGCUUUUUGCCGAAUCGCCUCAUCGACUUCAGCAGAGGCUGGAUGGUCUAGCCAAUGGCCUCUCCCUUGCCGGUUUGGUCCUUAACUCGGCCAAGUGCGUUUCCUUCUACUUACAAGCGCUUGGAAAAGAGAAGAGUACAUGCCUCCAACUGUGCGAUGUUUCAAUCGGGGGGAUGGUGUUGCGCACGUUAGGGCCGACGGACACCUUCGAUUAUUUGGGGGAGCCCUUUUCCUACCGCGGAAAGGUGACAGUAGGCCACCGUCCGGUCCUCAACAACAUGUUGGAGGAGAUAACCCGAGCACCUCUUAAACCGCAGCAGAGACUUAUACUUCUUAAGCGUCAUUGCGUGACAAAACUUUUGCACCAGUUGGUACUUGGAGCAGUGCAUCGCAACACUCUGAAACUAUUGGAUUUACAAGUACGACAGGCGGUACGGAAGUGGCUGAAGCUCCCGGCGGACACGCCAAUCUCUUUCUUGCACACUGCUAUUCAAGACGGGGUCCUUGGUGUCCCAUGCUUGGCAGUUCUCGUUCCUUUUUCUAAGCGCCGACGACUGCAUUCAGUGCUCUCCUCAAAAGAGCCUGCAGUACGAGCAGCUGCCGCUGUCCCUUCUGCCUUCCCUGGUAUACGGCUAACAGCUCAACCGGUGCGUCUGGGCCAAUCGGUCCUGGCAAGUAAAGAGGACGCAAGGAACUACUGGAGGACUUCUCUCUAUGCUUCCGCGGAUGGUCGACCCCUCGCUCACUUUGCUGACUCUGCCAGUGCCAAUCAUUGGCUCUCUUCUCCUGACCAAGUCUUCCCAUAA